AUGAAACUUAAAAUUAGUAGAAGAGUAGCAAUACUUUUACGUAUAGUGAUUAUAUUACUAUUGAUUAGUAUUUGGAUAUUUUUCUCAUCACCAGAACUUUCAUAUGUUAAAAAUGUUGAUCCAGCAGUCGUUGUAACAUCUAAUGAGAACGAAAAAUUAGGUGAAGAUGUUGGUAAGCAAGUUGUAGUAACUGAAGAGACAGGACCUGAAGUUAUUGGGAAUCAAGGUAAGAAAAUUAGUGAAGAUAAAAAAAUUGAUGGUAUAAUAAUGCCAUCGAUGCCUGAUCAAGAGAGUAAAGAAGCUCUUGGACGAGCCUCGUGGAAAUAUUUCCAUACAUUGCUAGCGAGGUUUCCUGAUGAACCAAGUGAGGAUGAAAGAAGUAAAUUAAGUAUGUUUAUUAAUUUAUAUGCUGAAUUAUAUCCUUGUGGAGAGUGCUCUAAGCAUUUUCAAAAGAUGAUCAAGAAAUAUCCGGUUCAAACCUCUAGUAGAACCUCAGCAGCACUAUGGGGAUGUCAUAUUCAUAAUUUAGUUAACAAACAUUUAGAAAAACCUGAUUAUGAUUGCAGUACCAUCUUAGAAGAUUACGACUGUGGAUGUGGUGAUGAUAAUAUUAAACUUAACAAAGUGUCAAUAAAUAAAGAAGAAAAACAAUUAGGAUAA